CUUUUGGUCAACAAUUCAACUUUCAACCCUUUUUUUUAUUCUUCCUCUUUUUUUUAAACCCCUUGUCUUUCUCUCUUCCUUCCGGUCACACGAUACCCCAUAGAAGCAUUAGUCUUACCUUACUCACAGGUCAAGGUGUGGGAACAUUCCGCCCCUCACGGUCCCCCCUCCUUGCGACCAAUACCCAGAUAUCGUCGUACACGAGCUCUCAGGUUGGGAUGAUGGGUAUCACGAGUUGGUGACAGUGGAAUCAUGUCUCUCACCGACCAUCCCAAAGCCUACGGGUCCGUUGCCAUCGCAGUAGCCUUCACCGCCGGUAUACUUGUCACCCUUGGCUUCAAAGACUUCUAUCCAGACCUAGAACAACGUUACCAGAGCAAGCGUGGCCGUCAUUAUCGUCGUGAUACGAAUGAUACUGUCGCCGAUGACGGGCCGGGCCGACGCAGUUCCCUCUUCUGGGGCCCGUCCAUCCAGUUGGAGGACCGUGAAUCGAACCGUGCCGCAGGCUCAACUUCAGGCUCAACUUUAGGCACAGCCCCAACCUCGUCCUCGGAUUUACCUCCUCCUCCUCCUCCUCCUCCUCCUCCUCAGUCCCUCGGCCGCCGCGGUUCGCGAGCCCCCCCCCCUGUAGAUGGCAUUGAAGGCGCCAUAGGAAACACUCCUCUCAUCCGAAUCAAGAGCCUGAGCGAGGCAACCGGCCGCACCAUCCUCGCCAAGGCCGAGUUCCUCAACGGCGCCGGCCAAUCCCCCAAGGACCGCGUGGCCCUUUCCAUGAUCCGCGCCGCCGAGGCCGCAGGGACCCUGGUGCCGGGCCGGGGCGACACCAUCUACGAAGGCACCGUCGGCAGCACCGGCAUCGCCCUGGCCACCCUCGCGCGCGCCAGGGGGUACCGCUGCCACAUCUGCAUGCCCGACGACCAGAGCCGCGAGAAGAGCGACCUGCUCCUCCGCCUGGGCGCCACCGUCGAGCGCGUCCCCGUGGCGCCCAUCACGAGCCCGGACCACUUCGUCAACCUCGCCCGCCGCCGCGCCCGGGACCACGCCUCCGUCAUGGCCGACGGCAGCCACGGCUUCUUCGCCGACCAGUUCGAGAGCCCGGCGAACUGGCACGCCCACUUCGAGGGCACGGGCCCGGAGAUCUGGGCGCAGACCGGGGGCCAGUUGGAUGCCUUUGUCGCGGGGGCAGGCACGGGCGGGACUAUUUCCGGGGUGGCCAAGUUUCUGAAGGAAGAGGCGUGGAGGACGAAGGAGAGGAGGAGGAGGAGGAGCAGCGUCGAAUGCAACGGAAACGGAAACCGAAAGCCAGACUCGCCACCACCACCACCACCGUCGUCGUCGUCGUCGUCGUCGUCGUCGUCGUCGUCGUCGUCGUCGUCGUCAUCACCGCCGCCGCCGCUGCGCAUCGUGCUGGCAGAUCCGCAAGGGAGCGGGCUCUACCACCGCAUUCGCCACGGCGUCAUGUACUCGCCCACCGAAAAGGAAGGCACGCGGCGGCGGCAGCAGGUCGACUCGAUCGUCGAGGGCAUCGGCAUCACGCGCAUCACCGACAACUUCGAGGCCGGCCGGGAACUGGUGGACGACGCCGUGCGCGUGACCGACGACGAGGCCUGCCGCAUGGCGCGCUGGCUCGUCGAGAAGGACGGCAUUUUCGUCGGCAGCAGCUCGGCCGUCAACUGCGUCGCCGCCGCCGUCACCGCCAUGACCCUGCCCGAGGGGAGCCGCGUCGUCACCGUCCUCUGCGACUCGGGCACCCGCCACCUGAGCAAGUUCUGGCGCCACGUCGCCGAGCUGGGGCUCGAGGAGGAUGACGAGAAGGAUGAUCUGUUUGCCACCUUGGGCAUAGAUAUAGAGGCCACCGUGCAAAAGGCCUUGGCGUUGCGGUCAUAGUCCCCCCUAGGACCUCGGUUUUCGUUUGGGCACAUUUCCCAUGCAUACGAAGCAAAAAUGUGGACGUUUGGGUAGGGGGUGAGUUGGCAGUAAGCCAUGUAUGAAUUAGUAUCUCGGCAGGGGGGCGUAGGUGUUGCUGGGUGUUGCUGGGUGGGCGUUGUUACCCGUAUGUUGAAAUCUUUUUUUCUUUUUCCGUUGCGGACCUUGAUAUAUACAGUGGCUUAUCCUGCCGACUCGGUCCUCCCCAUCCCCCAGACAAAUACAGCAAGCAGGCUUGUUCAAAAUCACGCCGAGCCACUUUAUAUGCCAUCAGGCUUGACUUGACUGGUCUUUUUCGUCUUUUGUUGCGCUUAAGCAA